AUGUCAUGCCCGGAGGGUGAAAAAGUGGAAUCCUUCAAGCGGGCCCGCGCUUCGUCCGGGGCGCGGGCGGACGACCCCUCCACCCCCCUCCCAAUCCACGAAAAGCUCACCCACCCGGCGGCCUACGAGCGCACCCACGUCCAUCACGUCUACGAGAAGAUCGCCGCGCACUUUUCCGCGACCCGGUAUCGCGCGUGGCCGCGGGUGCGGCGGUUUCUCGAAUCCCUCCCCCCCCACGCGAUGAUCGCGGAUGUCGGGUGCGGGAAUGGAAAAUACUUCGCCUGCGCGCAGCGCCGGAGCGUUUCACUUUCCUCACCUUCCUCACCUUCCGCGUCGGAAUCGAUUCCAACGCGGCGAUACGUGAUCGGGGUGGAUUACAGCGCCGCGCUGCUGCUUCAGGCGCAGCGUGCGGUGGCGGAUCCGAACGUCAUGGGUGCUCCCGCGGCCUCGGCCUCGGUUUCGUCAUCUGCGAAAGGGGCGAAAGGGGAAAAAAAAGGCAAGGGAAGCGUGGUGGAGCGGCAGCCUUGGACGGAUUCGAUUCGUUGCGAUGCCCGCCGCAGCCCUCUCCGUGGGGGCCUCUUCGACGCAGUGAUCAGCAUCGCGGUGAUUCACCACUACGCGACCGGGGAGCGUCGACGGGAGGCCAUCCGGGAACUCCUUCGCCUCGCGCGAAGCGGGGGUGGGUGGGUAUUAAUUUACGUCUGGGCAAGAGGGGAGGCAGGAGAGAAGGAAAGGGAAGGGGAAGAGGCGCGAACGAAGGAAGGGGAGGGUGGAAACGACGAUAAAAAGACCGCCCGACGGGGGGAUCCCCACACCGGCGACGCCCUCAUCCCAUGGGAGAUGCACACGCGGUUUCGCUCCGACGCGGAGGACGAGCCGCGCGUCUUCCACCGGUUUUAUCACCUCUUCGCGGAAGGGGAGUUGCGGGAUUUGUGUUUGGCGGCCGCGGCGGAGGCUGGGAUGGGGGUACGCGUACGAGAGAGUUACUUUGAUAAAGAAAACUGGUGUAUUUUACUAGAAAAGGACUAA